GUGUGUGCGCAACCACGGGGUUAUGUGCAUGUGUGUGGGAGUGUACAGGGGUGGAGAUGCACACUGUCUUUUCGUGUGUGUGCACACGUGUACAGAUGUCAGAGCUACUGUGGCUGAUGGUUCAGAGGCUGGGCUGGCUCAAGUGAACAGAAGGUCUGGGAGAACUGCGUGCGGGUUUGGAUUCUAGAGUUAAGGACCUAGGACAGGGUUCGAGCCCUGUGGGAGGUUUUCGGAGCGUAGUUUGGGUCCAGCCCAUCGGCACUGGAGGCCAUGGCGAGCACUCUGGAUUUGGACAAGGGUUGCACGGUAGAGGAGCUGCUCCGAGGCUGCAUCGAAGCCUUUGAUGACUCCGGAAAGGUGCGAGAUCCGCAGCUAGUGCGCAUGUUUCUCAUGAUGCACCCCUGGUACAUACCUUCCUCUCAGCUGGCUGCGAAACUGCUCCACAUCUAUCAGCAAUCCCGGAAGGACAACUCCAAUUCUCUACAGGUGAAAACGUGUCACCUGGUCAGGUACUGGAUCUCAGCAUUCCCAGCAGAGUUUGAUUUGAACCCAGAGCUGGCUGAGCAGAUCAAAGAGCUGAAAGCUCUGUUAGACCAAGAAGGGAACCGAAGGCACAGCAGCCUCAUCGACAUCGAGAGUGUCCCCACCUACAAGUGGAAGCGGCAGGUGACGCAGCGGAACCCUGUGGAACAGAAAAAGCGCAAGAUGUCCCUGCUGUUUGAUCACUUGGAGCCUAUGGAGCUGGCAGAGCAUCUCACCUACUUGGAGUAUCGGUCCUUCUGCAAGAUCCUGUUCCAGGACUAUCACAGCUUUGUGACUCACGGCUGCACUGUAGACAAUCCUGUCCUGGAGCGAUUCAUCUCCCUCUUCAACAGCGUCUCACAGUGGGUCCAGCUCAUGAUCCUCAGCAAGCCCACAGCCACGCAGCGGGCGCUGGUCAUCACACACUUCGUGCAUGUGGCAGAGAAGCUGCUGCAGCUGCAGAACUUCAACACACUGAUGGCUGUUGUCGGAGGCCUGAGCCACAGCUCCAUCUCACGCCUCAAGGAGACCCACAGCCAUGUCAGCCCUGAGACCAUCAAGCUCUGGGAAGGCCUGACAGAAUUAGUGACAGCCACUGGCAACUACAGCAAUUACCGGCGCAGGUUGGCAGCCUGCGUGGGCUUCCGCUUCCCCAUCCUAGGUGUGCACCUCAAGGAUCUGGUGGCCCUGCAGCUGGCACUGCCUGACUGGCUGGACCCUGGUCGGACCAGGCUCAAUGGAGCCAAGAUGAGGCAACUUUUUAGCAUUCUUGAGGAGUUGGCCAUGGUGACCAGCCUCCGGCCACCAGUGCAAGCCAACCCUGACCUGCUGAGUCUGCUCACGGUGUCCCUGGAUCAGUAUCAGACGGAGGAUGAGCUGUACCAGCUCUCCCUGCAGCGCGAGCCACGCUCCAAGUCAUCGCCAACCAGCCCCACCAGCUGCACUCCGCCUCCCCGACCUCCUGUGCUGGAAGAGUGGACCUCAGUUGCCAAACCUAAGCUGGACCAGGCCUUGGUGGCAGAGCACAUUGAGAAGAUGGUGGAGUCUGUGUUCCGGAACUUUGACGUCGAUGGGGAUGGUCACAUCUCACAGGAGGAGUUCCAGAUCAUCCGGGGCAACUUCCCUUAUCUCAGCGCCUUUGGGGACCUGGACCAGAACCAGGAUGGCUGCAUCAGCCGGGAGGAGAUGGUCUCCUACUUCCUGCGCUCCAGCUCGGUGCUGGGAGGCCGCAUGGGCUUCGUACACAACUUCCAGGAGAGUAAUUCGCUACGCCCGGUUGCCUGUCGCCACUGCAAAGCUCUGAUCCUGGGCAUCUACAAGCAGGGCCUCAAAUGCAGAGCGUGUGGUGUGAACUGCCACAAACAGUGCAAAGACCGCCUGUCUGUGGAGUGUCGCCGCAGGGCCCAGAGUGUGAGCCUGGAGGGCUCGGCACCCUCUCCCUCACCCACGCAUACCCACCACCGGGCCUUCAGCUUCUCCCUGCCUCGCCCUGGUAGGCGAAGCUCCAGGCCCCCAGAGAUCCGAGAAGAGGAGGUGCAAACAGUGGAGGAUGGAGUGUUUGACAUCCACUUAUAAGAUGCUGUGACUAUCAAGGACUCACGCCUGCUUUGGAGAAAAGACUUGGAGCAGAGCAGGGAGCCUGGGGUUCGGGGCAGGAAGAUGGGUUGAG